GGUUCAUACUUGGCUUCUGAUGAUGUUACCACGUUCUAAAUAUUUCAUCCUACUCUCUAUAUCUAUCUUUCUCUUCUCUCUAUUCCAAUUUCUUCCCAGUACAACUCCCUCGUUGACUCGCUCACCCUACUCUGCUCCCAAAAAGAAACCCGUCCAUCUCCUUGUUGUGUCAUCCUGGAGAUCGGGGUCUUCAUUCCUUGGACAGAUCUUCAACCAUCACGGGGAUGUCUUCUACCUCUUUGAGCCUGGGCACUCCGUCUGGAUGAAGCUUCGCGGUGAGAGUUUGGAGCUGCUACAUUAUCCCUUAAGAGAUCUUCUACGAUCGCUUUUCACCUGUGAUGUGUCCCCUCUUCAGCAGUAUCUUCCUAAGGGUGGAAAAUACAUAUCUGAAAUGGGUUUCUUUGCAGAAAGUCGAGCACUCUGCACCCCACCAGCUUGUUCAGCCUUUUUGCCUUCAGAAGGCUAUGAUCGCCUCAGUUGUUACCACCGUUGCAAAAAUACUUUGCUGGAUAAAAUGGCAGAAACGUGCAAGGCAUACAGCCACGUGGUGAUGAAAACAGUCCGGAUUCUAGAUCUUUCUGUCCUGCUUCCCCUUUUCCGAGACCCUAAUCUUGAUCUGCGUAUUCUGCACCUGGUGAGGGACCCUCGAGCUAUUGCCUUGUCAAAGGCAUACUUUCCUCUCCAGAUUGAGGACAGGAUUGUACUUAAAAAUGAAGAAAAUACAAAUAUCACCAUAAGCAGAGUUAUGGAGAAGAUUUGCAGAUCACAGGUUGACAUCAACAGUGUGCCCAAAGCAGCUGAGGUGUUGAAAGGGCGAUACUUGGCAAUUCGGCAUGAGGAUCUUGCUAAUGAACCUCUUAAAAACGUUAAAAAAAUUUACAAUUUUGCUGGCCUCCAGCCUACCAAAGAUCUGGAGCAAUGGAUUUACAAUAUCACCCAUAAGGAGGUAGCGGAUUAUAAAGGGUUCAUGACUUUCUCAAGAGACUCCUCAAAGACGGUCCAAAGAUGGAGAACGGCUCUGGGGUUCAGCUUUGUCAAUCAGAUUCAAGAAAAGUGCAAAGCGGCCAUGGAUCUGUUUGGUUACAGGCCAGCGAAAUCCCAAAAAGAACAGAAAAAUUUGACUCUGGAGUUAGUAAAAAAGGAUUGGUCAUUGGAAUGAACUAAGGAAUCUUGCACCAUUGACCUCAGCUGCAACAUAGCUCAGCCUUACCCACCUGU